AUUAUCUCUAAUUCUUCUAACAAGAUUAAAUCUAUAUGGGAUAUUGUUAAAACAGAAGUAUCGAGACAUCCUAAUAAAAAUGAUAAGAUAUCCCUAAAAUUAAAAGAAUCUACUAUUGAAAACCCAGUUGAUAUUUCUAAUGCUUUCAAUAAACAUUUUUUAAAUGUUGCAAAUCACUUAGUAACUAAUCUUCAAUCCUCUCACGACCCUUUAGAGUUUGUCCAAAAUGCUUUUUCCAAAAAAUUUCCUAAAAUUCAAUUUUCCCUUGUAACUCCUCAUGAAAUAAGUUUAAUCAUAAAAAACAUGAAAUCUAAAACUUCUCAUGGUUAUGAUGAGCUUAGUAGUAAAAUAAUCAAGCAGUGUUCUGAUCAAUUAUCUAAGCCUCUUAGUUUAAUUUGCAAUAUCUGUUUAAUUACAGGUACCUUCCCUGAUAGGAUGAAAUACGCUGUAAUUAUUCCAUUACAUAAGAAAGAUGCAGUGGUGGAGCACGUGUCUGCUCGCAGCCAGAGCGCGGAAGUAAUCGAUGGCCGGGGAAUAGCUGCUGCGGUCCGCGAAGAGCUGCGGAGGGAAGUGGCCCGGUGGGUGUCGGGAGGCCGCCGGCGUCCCCAGCUCACGGCAGUCUGCGUCGGCGAGGACCCGGCCAGCGCCGUGUACGUCAGGAACAAGAUGGUGGCAGCUAAGGAAGUGGGGAUUGAGAGCAGGACCCUCAGGCUUCCCAAGGAAGUGACGGAGGAAGUGUUGCUGGACACGAUUGGGCGUUUGAACGCAGACGCAGAUGUCGACGGCAUCUUGGUGCAGACGCCGUUGCCGGAGCACGUCUCGGAGCGAGCUGUGUGCGACGCGGUGGCCCCCGGCAAGGACGUGGACUGCUUCAACGCCGCGAACGUGGCACGGUUCUGCCUGGGCACGGGGGUGCUUGUGCCGUGCACGGCGCUGGCAGUGCGGGAGAUCCUGCGGAGAGCCGGCAUCGAAACACGUGGCAAACAUGCAGUGGUGUGUGGGCGGUCCAAGCAUGUUGGCUGGCCAAUAGCGAUGCUGCUUCAUGCAGGUGGGACUGGCAAAAAUGGUUGGAUGGACGCGACCACUACAAUAUGUCACAGGCACACUCCACCUGAUCAGCUUGCACUAAUCACAAGAAGCGCAGAUAUCAUCGUUUCUGCAGCAGGAGUUCCGAACUUGAUCAAGUCGUCCAUGGUGAAGAGAGGGGCCUGCGUGAUUGACGUCGGCAUCACGCGGAUCACGGACUCGGCCGGGAAGAAGCGACUGGUGGGGGACGUGGAUUUCAAAGAAGUGAGCGAGGUAGCAGGCCACAUCACGCGUGUCCCGGGAGGAGUGGGGCCCGUCACCGUCAGCAUGCUGAUGAGGAACACAGUGGUCGCAGCGAAGCAGAUGGCUGAGUGGGAUGAAAGUAAACCACAAGGAAGAAAUGUGAUGUAGAAGUGAUCCUUACAUGUCAUAAUGCAAUUGUGAUCUUAUUGGCUCAGCUAGGGAAGUCUAGUGAGAAGCAAGUGAUAAAUAAAACAGUAUUGUAAAGCCAAA